AUGUUCACGCCAUUAAACCAAAAGAAGCUUGUGAAUGUCAGCAUUGUUGCUCUUAAGAAGUUUGGAAGGCGUUACGAACUGGGUGUUUAUCCCAACAAGCUUUAUGAGUAUAGAAACGGAAUGGCAACGCCUCUGAACGAGAUUCUUCUUACAGACACUAUCUAUAGGAGCGUGUCCAAAGGAGAGAUAGCUGGGCAGGAUGAUUUGGACUUAUUCUGCAAGUCUCAUGAAGAGAUAGUCCGGGAGAUACUGAACAAUGGGUAUGAGCAGAAGAACGAGGCAACCAGAAUUUACGAGCAGGAGAAGACAGAGAGAGAGAUCAUUGAGUUCUUAAGAAACAAAGUGACAAAGGGAGGAAGGCAUCUGAACGAAGCUUCCUUGAAAGAAGCAAUAGGUAAGGUGCACAACAUAUACAUAGGUAACAGUAAGAAGCAAUCCCAAGAGAUACUGGGCAAACUGGAAAAAAUGGGCUUUGAUAGGGUUGGGAUAAAAGUCAGUGUCGAUAUGAAUGACAAAGUCAUGGAGUUUGCUAAGAAGAACGGAGAGGUCUAUGACGGAUAUGUAAUUAUAAGAAGCGAGUGUUUUCCGAAAUUCAAGGAGGUGUGCGAGGGGGAGCGAGUAAAGUACCUAAUCCUGAGAAGAGAAGAGCCGGAGGAUGAGGAGAUAUGCUAG